UUCCCCUUUUCUGCCUAAGUUGUGGUGACACUGGUAGGAGGGCCGUCCCCGAAGCAGAGACAGUGCUGUGAUAUUUGUCGGGGCUCUCAGUGGCUCUUUGUGUUUUCCUCCAGUGAUACAAACAGGGAAAGUACCUCACAGGUGGGUCGGCCUGGCUGCCUGUCUCCUGGACAGCUGCACUCUACAAAGGAACCGAGCACAGCUCAGAGAUCAACACGUCCUCCCUCAUCAGAUAAAGGUGCACAAACCGGCUCAGGAAGCUGACUUCACUGAGGUUUUUCUGUAGAGGAAGCCGAGAGGACAAAAGUACAGUAGCACUCCUCUCCUUCUCUCGAUUUCUCUGUUUCUCGGGUACUGCUCUCCCAGGGCUGAAGUUUCACCGCCUCAGCCUCUCUCCUCCUCGGCCAUUGUGGGAUGACGAUGUCGCAGACUGUGGAGCACUGUGAGAUGGUGGAGAUCGGCCAGCACCAGCACCUUCCGACCCAAGGCUGCCAUCACAGGCUGGUCACCUUACUUCUUCUGUGGGUGUCUGUCCUUACUAUUGGUCAGGUGCUCUCCAUCACUCUCUACCUCACAUCUGGAGCACAUGUCCUGGACUUAACAACCGAACUCCCAGGGAACCCGAACACUGUGAAAUCAGUACAGACAACACCUACAGAGGCAAGCAUGACAUCAGGAAAAAUACUCAUUUAUGCAUACCACGGACUAAAGCAUACCAAGGAUGAAGCUUACAGACUCAAGUGGCUUUGGCAGAAUGAGCAGACAACAUCCCCUGUCUCCAUAGAAAAUGAAAUAAUGGAAGUCCGCGAAGACGGCAGUUACUUCCUGUAUGUACAGGUGAGCCUGGACAGUAUAACGGCGCCUGAACACAAGGUCAAGGUGAUGCUACACACAGAAAAAGAUUCAGUGAUCCUGGAGGGUCAAGUGUGUAAUCUUACCCGUACCACUGGGUUCCUGGGUAAGGCUGUGUUGCUAUCUGCCGGUAACAAGCUGGAGGUCACCAUUUCCCCCAAAAGCACAGUGAACUCCACAUAUACUGUCACCUAUAUGGGCAUCUACAAGUUUCCCCACUAAGUCACCCCAUAAACUCAAGGCUGAACUAACCCAAGUCAUGAACUGAGAAAAGGGGAGAAGAAAAAGGAAACUAGUGGAUUGACAGGUUUAAUAAAGGUCACUUGAAUAAGGACAUUUAGGAACUUUAGGCUAUAUUAAUAGCCUAGUCAGCAACCAGAAUGCCUCCUGAUCUUCACCUGUGUCCAGUGAGACAAUACAAGGGAAAUUGUCUACGUGCCACAUUGAACUAUGAUUUAAUAUUUUUUUGUUUUUGACCAUUUGUAAUUUAGUAAUUUGUUAUUUAUGUUCGCUUUUGCCUUUGUAUUUACUUAAACAUUACACAAUUAUAGAUUGAGAUUUAGUGUUUUAUAUUAUAUUAUAUAUGUUUAUUUAUUUGCUUUUUUAUUGAAUGAUGCUAAGGGAAUAAUGACAGGGAAGAUCAUACACCAUGAAUGUACUGCAUGUCAUUGUGUGACUAACUUUAUACUGCUUUAAACUCGAAAAACAAUGUUACUCAUACAUUAGAAUGUAUUGCUUAUUUUG